CACAGAUAUCUUCCGACCUUCAAGUUCUCUCUCGACCACAACGAAUCCGACAAACUUCGACAAAAUGGCCCCUCCUAGCAAGACUGGUGGUGCCUCCAAGGCCGGCAAGGGCAACAAGAAGGCCAAUGAAGCCGCGAAGGCCGCUCUCAAGGGCGUGCACUCUCACAAGGCCCGCAAGGUCCGUCUCUCGACGACCUUCCACCGCCCGAAGACCCUGAUCCUCUCGCGCUCGCCCAAGUACCCGCGCAAGAGCAUCCCUCACCAGCCCCGCCUGGAUGAGCACCAGGUCAUCAUCCACCCGCUUAACACCGAGAGCGCGAUGAAGAAGAUCGAAGAGAACAACACCCUCGUCUUCAUUGUCAACAUCAAGGCCAACAAGCGCCAGAUCAAGGAGGCUCUCAAGAAGCUUUACGAUAUUGACACUGUCAAGAUUAACACCCUUGUCCGCCCUGAUGGAUCCAAGAAGGCCUUCGCUCGCCUGACCCCAGAUGUCGAUGCUCUCGACAUCGCCGCCACCAAGCUCGCCAUCGUCUAAGUACGUAAUGCCGGGUUCGGUUGUGGUUUUGCAAGGGAUUGGAGGGAUUAUGAUAUUUGUUCGGGCAUUAUCAGGCUGAGGUCUUCUCGUGGCUACGGGGGACUCGAUUUAAGCGGGUGUGCUAUCGAAGGGCAUUGUUACCCAGGCGUUUCUCCGUGGGGGAAUGAAUGAACAUCAAAUUCAAACAACACUUGCAAACCUAUGUAUUCUGUUGUAUCGUUUGGAUGUGAUUUGUUGUGUUGAGACCUGUGAACUCUUGUAGGCUGAUGAAUUAUACCCAUCAUAAUUCUUUGAUUUGUUGUGUAUCGACCUGUAAACUGUAGACAAAUGAGUUACGCCCAUUGUGAUGCAAUCCUAUCCAUUCGAUCGUAUCAUCAAAUCUAUUCAUCCCAGAGUGGAAGUUUCCCCUACUCUGCCAUAAAAAUACACAUCCCCAUCCCAUUCAAUCCCAUUCAUCCAUCUAUAUCAACACACCUUCCCCUCCAGUCUCAUAAUAAUACACCCCCAAUCUCCCAUCUCCCUCCUCCCCAAUCCCCCAUCUAAUCCCAGAUCAUUUAUCCCCUCAUCCCCUCAAGCUGCUUAAUAACCAAGAAAUUCGCAUCCAAAAAGCGAUCCACGCAGUUCCUCGCGCACGUCUCCUCGCUCUUAUCCAGCUUCCCGCUCUUGAUGCUGCCGGUCACGCACUUGGUCCAGCAGAUGUCUGUUAGGUUGUGGACGGCUGGAUACGCAAUUAGCACUUGCUCCCUGGCUUCUGUUUGGCAAGGGUGUUGUGGAUGGGUGAAGUGGGAGGGGAGGGGAAGGAAGGGCCCACGCGGAGGGGAUGGAGGAGGCAGGGAGGUAGGAUGAGGUUUGGGAGGAGAAGGGACAUACACUGCUGCAACUUGCUCUUCUGCGUCUCAUUCUGGAUGAACUGCUGCAGCUCCUGCUUGUCGCGCUGGGUCAGGCUGUUGACGUCGAAUUCGCCGUUGGCGUCCAUUGUGUUUUCGGUUUUUGGUUUUUGUGUAGAUAGGUG